UUUGUUUCAAUUUGAUUUUUAUUUGAUUUCGAGAUGUUUGGUGACAAAACAAUUUUUUGUUUUAUAUUGUUCAGUGUAAUAAAUUUUAGUGGAGUUAAUAGUGGAGGAGACGGUUCGUCUAGGCAAGUUACCAUACAACCGAGUGGACCAUGCGAUGAGAUCGAUUUCACUAAAUAUGAAAUAUGGCUGCUUAUCAUUGAGCAAUACAGUGCAACAAUUGUUCAACUUGCUAAAAGUAUUCUUGAUGAAUUGAGGGAAGUUCCUGUAGCAAUCCUAGACGAAGGAGCUAUUUUCAGAUUGGUUCGAUUAACAGAAAUGGUUAGACAAUUACUUGAUGCAGUUAGGAAAUUCAAUGUGUCACAAUCUGAACUCAUAGACGAUCUUGAGUCUUUAGUACCUUGUGACGAAGAGAAACGAAACGCGCUGCUCGAUGCUGCAAAGUCAUUCAAUCCCACUGAAGAAGUUUUACUAGCAAUUCAAACAAUGAAUAAUUAUUUGACUGGUGGGGAAACGAGUCCAGAAACACCAAGCGCAGCUCCGUUGAUGGGUGCAUUAGAUAUCAAAAAACCAUUUUGGAAUAAACAAAAUGUUAUAGAAGAUGAGUUGGAAAGAAUAAUUACACAAAUUGAUCAAAUGGAAGAAACGUUGACAGCUUAAUCUCUUUUUCAAUUGGGCGUAUAAAAUUUCACAAGUUUUUUUUACUAAACUUAAUUAUUCAGAUCAUAAAUUAAACAAUCUAAUAAAACAUUUACUGAUUGACUCGAUUCUUAAUCCCUCGCUUAACAAAUCCAAGCAGAAUGCAUUCAUUUAGGAACAUUUUAAACUCGUUUUGAUUUGAAACUGGGGUUUUUGACAUUUCUUUACAAUUUGAUGAUUUUCUAAAUAUUUGCAUCGUGACAACCAAAACCUGUUUUAACUUUAAAAGAAAUGCAAAUGACAUCAGGAAAUACAAAAAUUAAAUUUGAAAAUUCUCUUUCGUCAAUGUUUGCCGCAAAAUCAGGAAAUACUGGAAUCCGUUGAAAUGUAUUCUAACUAAGUUAUAAGAUUCUAAUGUAGAAUCAUUCUUAUAAGAAUUUCAAAAUUAUUCAAUUCCAGUUUCUCUUUAAAUAUUUUUGCUGAACAAUAUUCUUAAUAACUUCACAAUUUAAAUCAUGAUUAAAAAUAUUACAAUUUGAAAAAAUCUUUUCAAAUAUCUAUCCUCGUGGCAUUCCUAGAACCCAAUAAAAAUGUUUAUUUGUCAAGCUGUUGGUUAACCGAUCAAUAAAAUUUUCAGAAGUAACGAAAG